UUGGUUUGUGGCUUUCGGGGAACAGGAGUGAAAAUGAGCCAGGAAAGGUCUCCUGAGGAACUGGCGCACCUGGUGAAUGAGAAAGUGACUGUGGGGAUUGCCCUUCUUCAGAAAUUAGUCACAUUGAGACAUGUCGAUGGAGUGCAGAGGCUGGAGAAGAAAAUAAACCAAGAGAUAAAUUUCCUGAGAACGAACUUAAAGAACUCCACAAUCAUAGAGAAUCAUAUCCUCUGCUCUAAUAUGAUCCAUUUCGAGGUAGUAGUGGCUGUUUUGGCAACUUGUAGAGCUCCCAAACACAUUGAUCUCCCGCUCUCUUGUCCAAGCAGAAGAUCUCCACUCCGUGUGGACAUUGUUUGUGACGAUGGGGUGUCUUGGAUCAAGAUUAUCGCAAGGAAGAGUCAGUCAAUCAAGGAUGCUGUCUGUGGGAGAGGAAAAUUCGGAUCAAAGACCAUUCUCGAUCAUGCUGAGGAAUUCCUGGAAGUUGCUUCUCAGAAUCCAAUUAAUUUCCACACUCCGAAGGUUUAUUUUGUCUGUCUGAACGCUUUGGAUGACAAUCUAGUGGCUGAACUCGAAGAGAUUGGGAUUAUUGUGAAGAAUUUCUCUCCAGGAAGUGAAUUUCAGACUGAAGCUUCUAAAGAUACUCAUAGCGUCCUCAAUCUUGAUAUUACUACUCUUCUGUCUUAUGUGAGCUCCCUCACCAAUGGAAGCUGUGACUGGGAAUUUCCCGAACCCAUUUUGACUGAACAGGCUCGUUCUGAGCAAAAGAAUCCAGUGAAAAUUGUGCUGGAGGAUGUCUUUCAAGGAAAACGCCUGAUUUGCUGCAAAACCGCUGAGAAGUCCUUCCGGGAGAUUGUAUCUCUUCUGGGAGGCCCUGAAGAGAAGAAACGCACUGAGGAGUUAAUGCAGAGAGUUGAAGUGAUGCCGGAUAUAACAGAAAUCCCAGAAAGACUGAGAAUUGUGCAAAUCAGAGGGAAAAUCAAACCAAGAAGCUUCCAGAUUUUUGCUUUUGGUAUCUUCCAUGGAGCUCUCACUGUUACAUCCAAUGAGGGCUUUCUUCGGGCUGUGAAGACUCAGGAGGGUAUUGAUGUUCCGGCUUUUGUCCACGAAGCGAGAGCUCUGACGGAAAUGAAAGAGAAAACUGCGAGAAGAAUUUCAAGAUCCUAAAAAAAAUCCGUUUGAAGAAUUUUAUUUUUUGAAUUUUGGAGGGAAAUCUCAUUGGAAUACCUGGAAUAAAUACAAAGUGAAGUUGC